AUGGAGUUCGCCAUGAGCUUCGUUCGGCCAGACAUGCAGUUCAACGACCUUCUGAACUAUGUCCACAUUGAUGAGAAAUGGUUCUACCUUACAAAGACAAUACGUACGUAUUGCUUUGUACCUGGGGAGAGUGAGGCCGAACGCAAAUGUAUGAAUAAGCGCUUUCUCACCAAAGUCAUGUUCCUCACGGCGGUUGCUCGGCUGCGGUACGCGAUGACUCCAAAUCAUGGUGGGAUGCCACCGAACUUCCCCGACACCAACAUCCUCGACCUUGGCUUCUUUGCGUCGCUGCAAUCACUACAGUAUCAGAAGUCUGCACGGUUGAUCGACGAGUUGGUGCUGCACGUACAUGAGGCGUUCAACGUGUACCCUUACGAUAGCCUUGACCGCACCUUCCUGACCCUGCAAUGCUGCUUCGUCGAGAUCCUCAAGACUGGAGGUGACAACACGUACAAGUUACCACACAUGUCAAGAUGGCAAGACACGGAAGCUUACCUCGAAACGUCGAAAGCCCGCGGGAGGUGUAUGAUGCUGGUCGCGAUAUGCUCACGGUAG